CAGUACAGCAGGCAGCGUUCAGCACUACAGCCUGUAGUUUAGAUUAACUGCGUACAAAACACUAGGAAUUUCGCUGCGCUGAUUUGCAAAGACAGCGCGUGUCCUGGUUACCAUGGCUGCAGGUCGCGGAAAGCUCUUCCGGAAUUACAGGAUUGGCUUGGAAAAGACGCAGAGUUGUAGAAAGCAAUCUGUUGAUACGUGCAGCCGGGCUCUCAACAAGGAAGACAUGCCUUUACAAAGCUCUACUAAGGGAUCAGAAACAACUAAAAGGCAUCUAAUGUCCAAAAUGCCGAAUUCACGGCAAAAAUCUACACCCAUUCAAUAUAGGAUAUCUAUUGAACGAACAUUGAGGAAGUCCGAAAAUCUAAUUGGGAGCCUGCCAACUGAGCUCCUGUUGAAGAUUUUAUCCUAUUUAGAUGCUUCAUCCCUGCUGUGUGUUGCCUGUGUUAACAACCAGUUUCAUGAACUGGCUAAUAGCAAUACUCUGUGGUACAAUGUGUACUUAACUGAAACCGUUGUGGGCAAAAUAUGGAAAGCCAAAGUAGUUGAUGAUACUGCUAAAGGCAUGCGUGCUACAUCAAUACAAGAAAAGCCAGAUGGGUACUGGAGAAGAGAGUACUUCAGGAAAAUAGUAUGGAAAGGCAAGAAGAGAUGGAAGGACCAACUGAAGACCAUCAGCCCUUUUACAGGCUUACCAAGCAACACUGAGAAAGUGUUAAGGGGACUCCAGGUAGCAUGGGAGAUCACUGUAACUGAUCGAAAAGGUAUCGACACUACAAUUGAACAGUCUAACGCCUGUUUUUCUGACACAGCUCUAACUGUAUAUUGGAACAGUACAAAUUGGCCAUGUUUCAAAAAGAUAAAAAUGCUGCAGAUACAUGGAGUAGUACGAGCUCCAGUUGAUUGUCCUACACCAAACAGGCCUGGUUGGCGAUCACUGCUUGUAAAGUAUGAUUUAAGUGGCAGUGAACCCCCUACAAUCCUUGGCUCUGACAAGCUUGUAAAGUUGCUGCACUUACAUCCAGGACUUGUUGUGGGGAUUUGGCGAGGACAAUGGUCAGUAGCUUUCAUUAUAGCAAGCCUUCAUUUUCACAAGCUGGUUGAAAGAAGUAUCCUUGGAUCAUCAGUCUGCCCCUAUGCUGUACCAACUGACAAACCUCUGAUGGAUGACAUUGACCCUGAGUAUGGUCUCCAUGGAUACAAACUUCACAUUUCCCUUCAUAAUGCAGGGAAUAUCUUCAUGUCUGGACAAUUUGCUCAGUUGUUUUGCAAGAAAGAGUAUAUCCGCAAUGAGUCGGUACGACUGAUGGUAAUCAGCAGGCAUGACAUGUCGCAGCAUAUACCUAUCUCUGGAAAAAUUGGCACAGCCUGGAAUGCUGACAUUUUAAGAGGAGUUGUAGAGAGCUGUUGUAUGAUGAGUUUGACAGUUUUGGAUGAGGUCCAGAAUCCAUUCUGGUGUGUCAGCACACCUGUAAGCAUGCAGUUGUCUACAGAAGCAUCCACAUCUUAUGACUACAUGGGGGAGAAUUACCAUAUCAAAUAUAAUGAUUCAGAAGGCUGUGUUUUCAUGGAACUUGUGUGGUUAGAGGAGCAUGAGCAGUUCUUUCUUACCAGUCUUGUGCUGUAUAUUACCACAGAAAAGGUGAAUAAGCACUUUAGAACAAAAUACUGAAUACUGAGUCUUCUUUUUAUUUUUGUUUUGUUUUGAGGAUGAAGAUAUUCAUGAAACUAAAGAGUAUUAGAAUACAAGUAGAGGACUUUCAAUGAACAAUUUUCAAGAAAUGAAAGUGAUAGACUGUGGAUGUACAUUUAUAACAGUAAUAAGAUUAAGUCUUCAUUGUGUUUAACUGUGAAGCAUACAUACUGCAGAUUUUGAAAACAAGUAUUUUUUAUGUUGAAAAUACAUUUUUUAUUAAAGUUGAGAAGUUGUUGAUUUACAUUGUGCAACAAUUAUAUAUAUAUUUGAAAUGGGUUAAUAAGUUACAGUUUAGUUUGUGACUUUAAAAACUAUUGUCUAGCUGUCCUGUACUCCUCCUAUAAAAAUAUUUGACAGCAGUUUUGCAUUUCAUCUUACUUGAUGGUAUCAUUUUUUUUUAAAGGUACAGAGCAGGUAACAUAAAAAUGAUGCUUAAAAAUAAAAUAAGUUCAAAAGUAUUUUUUUUUUUUUUUUUCUUGUCUAUUAAGAAUCAUACAGCUAUUGGUUCCUAUUGCUGAAAAACUGUUGUCUAACUGACCUUUACUGGUUUAUUGCUAAUGUGAUGAGAUGACUAGGAUGUUAAAGCGUAAUGAUCUAGGAACCCUAUUAUUCAGCAUUGCCUCUAGGGAUCUAAUUCUUUAUAUCUCCCUAUGAAAAAUGACUAGGUAAAAAAAAACUGCAUCAAGCCCUGCUACACAGUGUCAGAUGGAUUGUGAAGGUCACAGUGGUUGAGUUGCACUCGUUUAAACACUUUGAGACAGUCUUCACAACUGCUGCACUCUCCUCCGCUGGGACACUGUGAUUAACAGCACAGUCAUAAGGGUACUGCCGUUAAGGAACACCAUCAAUAUAAUAUGUUGCUGUAGCAGCAUAUGGAGUACUUAACCUUCAGGCAUGCUAGUAUCUGCCCACAAUCUACUUACGGUUUCACUCACGGCACCAGUGACAGCAGUGUUUCAUCUUAAGAUUAUUGUGAAAAGUUUAUUGAGACCCAUGUUUAUUAUUUUUUUACAUUCGGUCUUGAUAAUUCCAAGGUUAUACUGAUGUUCCAGUUUCACCCGAUCUCACCUUUUAAAAAUGCAAAACUUACACUUGAAAUGUAAUUCCGUACAUUAUUAAAUGACUUGAAAAUGAUAACAGAAAUUCAGAAAUUUAGGUUAUUUUUGUAAAGCAAUAUUAUUUUGUCAUAGACUCAUUCAGUCCUUAAAUGUUUACUGAAACAGUUCCUCUGAGUAAUGCAAUUGCCACCUACUAUUUACUAUGAAAGCAGUUUAUAAAUAAAAUUAACCGGAAGUGCACCUUGACAGAUGGUGACUGGUUUAUAUUUAAAGCAGUUCGUGGUCAAAGUCAUUGGGGCUUUCCUAGUCCAUGUAAACUUAAAAACACUUAAUUCAUUAAACUAUGAAAUGCAGUUUAAAGUAAACCCUUUUUGCAGAACUAUACUGUGAAAUAUGUAUUUGUAAUAUGACAAUGGUAAAGAGCUAGGGAGCCCAGCCAGUCAUUACAUGACGACAUAUUGCCGGUGCACUGACGUGUAUCACAUGAUGGAAACGCACUAAAAGGUACCUACAUGCAUGCUACAAAAUAUUCUGACAUUGUGAAGUUUGAAAUUCUUACCCUAAAGGCACAGGCUCAUUGGCUCUUAAUCCAGCAUUGCAGUUUAAUUAUACUGAAGAAUGAUCAAGCCCAUUCUGUUUUUAAGAGUGCAGACACCUUUGUGCUAACAAUGAAUCAAUAUACCAGCUGGAUUGGGAAUAAGACCGGUUUUAUUUACAAAAGUUCGGUAAUUAGGUGGUUGCCCUUUUGAAGCAAUAACAUGAAGGACCAAUAUGUAGGUUUUGCUGUA